CCGGCGACCCGAACACGAGCAGUGCAGUGAACAUGGACCGUGACAGAAGAUUUACAUCUUUUUCUUUUUUGUUCCACUUUGAUUUCACCAUAUUGAAGUUAUAAGCGCAUCAGCUUGUUUUGCUCCUUUACUUUUCUAGUGGCGCUGCCAGUUAACAGACUGAUCAUCUGAACGGGCUGAUUGAGUGGAAAGGCUUAUUUCCACGCCAAUAUUAAGACCACUGCUCUUAAUUUGGUAGCUGUUGGGCAAAACUCCCAGACGCUCCCUCCUCGAUAUUCUGCUGCCAUCUGUGACAAAGUUUACCAUGCUGAAGAGACAAAGAGGAGGACUGACAGACUGAUACCGUGUGUUUGACAGUAAAAGGUACGAGUGAAGUCAGGCAUCGCAAGUGUGACGUUGGUGGUGGGAACUUCCUGUCUUGGCUGUCCUCCAGCUACACAAUCACUCUUCCCUUAAGUCGUACUAUGCAGUUUGGCAAGCAUCUGUUUUGUCUAACAACACUUCAAGCGGCUGGGCGUGUGGGAUGAAAGCUCAAAGAAAGCAAAAAAGGAGGAAAAAAUAAUCAUGCUGAAGAAUGACCAGCUGGUCUAUAUUGGCCUGGAGCUGAUCAUCGCCUGCCUGGCUGUGGCUGGGAACAUCCUGGUCUGCUGGGCCGUCUGCCUCAACUCCAACCUACAGAGCAUCACCAACUUCUUUGUGGUGUCACUGGCAGUGGCUGACAUUGCUGUAGGGCUGCUGGCAAUUCCCUUUGCCAUCACUAUUAGCACCGGCUUCUGUGCCAACUUCCAUGGCUGCCUGUUCAUCGCUUGCUUCGUCCUCGUGCUCACCCAGAGCUCCAUCUUCAGCCUUCUGGCUAUCGCUGUGGACCGCUACAUCGCUAUCAAGAACCCACUCAGGUACAACAGCCUGGUGACAGGGCAGAGGGCAAAGGGCAUCAUCGCUUUGUGCUGGGUCCUCUCAGUAGGCAUCGGCCUGACUCCAAUGCUGGGCUGGAAUAGAGGUUUGAACACCACAGCCGCCACCAGCAGCGGGAACAUCUGCCCCAAAGGCAUGACUGAGUGCCUGUUCGAAGGAGUAGUUACCCUGGACUACAUGGUCUAUUUCAAUUUCUUUGGCUGUGUGCUGGUGCCUCUGGGGGUCAUGCUUGUCGUCUAUGCCCAUAUCUUCAUGGCUGCACGACGCCAGCUCCGAUUGAUGGGGCUCAAAGUUGCACAGACACCUGCUCCUGGAGCGAUAACCUCAUCUUCCAGCGCAUCUCGUUCAACCCUGCAGAAGGAGGUGCAUGCCGCCAAAUCACUGGCCAUCAUUGUAGGUUUGUUUGCUUUAUGUUGGCUUCCAGUGCACAUCAUCAACUGUUUCAACCACCUGUGUGAGGACUGUAACCGCCCACAUAUCUGGGUGAUGAACAUCGCAAUCAUCCUCUCCCAUGCUAACUCUGUUGUGAAUCCCUUCAUCUAUGCCUACCGCAUUCGGGAGUUCAGACAGACCUUCCGGAAGAUCCUGUACCAGCACAUCCUGGGCAAGAGGGAUGUACACGGGUUUGGCUUUGGGAGGGGUGAUGGGAGAAGUGUUAGGAGCAGCAUUGUGAGGGCCUCUUCUCGCACGAGUAAAGCGGAUUCAUCAUGUGGCACGGUGGUAAAUAGUUACAUCCUGGACCCCAGUCCUGAUCGAACUCCACCAAAACCUGCUCAUGAAGCCUCUUGCCACUGGUCGUCAAAGUUAGACUCUGCACCAAGCAGUUACAUACUCAAUGGAAACCAAAUAAAGGACAGCGCCCUCACAGGGACACAGCAGCAGCCAAGCAUCAUGGGAUUUGCUGCACAGGAUGGAAUAGAGUCACUCACAUAUUUGGGGGGAACAACAGAUGUUUUGGAGUUGAAAGAUAGUGGGAGCUGCAUUGCAUAUGUGAAUGUUCAUGCGCUCACCCUAAAACAGACUGACUGUACCUGCUCCACAGAGCUUACAGAGGUCUCAUGACCAAUACAUUUAGGUAUUUAAAAUAUAUUUCUGUUGUAAUUAAACAUAUAGUAGUCUGCAAAUAUGAGAACAUGAUGGAUUAAUGAAGCCUCAGAAAAUCAGCAGCAGCAGUAAAUCUGUUUUUCUCUUGAACUAAUUGCCAGGUAAUAUUUUGGUCUGCUUAGGUCUUUGCCCUCAUCAAUAAUCUCAGAGUUGGAUCAGAUCUACAAGCACACAAACAACUGUGCUGAUGCUAAUUUUUUUCCAAGAUAAACAUCAUUUUUUUAGGUUGCAUGUCGUUAAGACUAUGUGCAUCUUUAAUGUGCAGAAAACAAGACCUUCUCAACAGUACUGUAUCUUGCAAUGCAUUUUAAAGAGACUUUAAACAUUUAAACUCUUGAACUGCAUUUAUUUGAUAAUGUUGGAUCAUGUCACCUUUUGUAAUGGCCAUCUGUAUUGGUUUUACUGAACUGAGAAUAAAAUAUGUGUUAAAUACAUAGUAGAAAAGAAUGGCUUUUGACGGAAAGUACAAGGCAUGCAGUAUCUCUCGUGUAUAGAUCCGUUAAAAAGUAAUUUCUCAAAUUGCUGGAUAGCUACAGAAGGCUUGAUGUUGCUAGUCUGAUAAAUGCCAGGCAACACAUGUCCGUUGCUGCUUCAACAACUAUGUGACACAUGAGUCAAAGGCGCUGAUGUAUACAAGCCAGUUACCAGCCAUCCAAAACAAAGAGCUUGUUUGAUCUAUUCAAAUAUCAGUCCAUAUGCCUGUAAUGUGGCUAGUUUCAGAGUCAGGCUUGCACACAUAGGCAGAUGAAAAACACACACAUAAAGUACAUACACAAGACUGCAGACUACUCUGCAAGAGGUGUUUACAGAGUAGCCUGGCUGCUGACGCCAGUCAAUGAGCCUAAUGCAAUGGAAAUCAAAUGAAGGUUCAUUUGAUGAUGUCUUUUAUUAUGCCAUUAUGCUUUCUCUUUCCUCAUUAAAAAGCCCUUCCACUGUGAGAAAGACCUGCAUUAAGCAACAUUUGCCUUAAAGCAAUCCCAGAGACAUGUAUGAGGAAAAAAACGUAUACGGUUAUGCUUCUAGCUCAUGUACUGUAUAUUUAUUCAAAAGCUAUACAUAUCAGUGUUGUUUAUUACACU